AUGCCCGGCGCGAUCAACCAAGUUGACGGCGGCACAAUCACCACCGCUCGUGGAUUCCGGUCAGGCGGCACCUACGCCGGCAUCAAGACCUACUCGGACGACAAGAUGGACGUGGGUAUGCUGCUGUCCGACACUCCCUGCGCCGCUGCCGGGGUGUUCACCAGGAGCAGCAUCGUUUCGCCGUCGGUAACCGUCAACCGCGAGACCCUGGCCGGGGGACAUGCCAUUCGCGGCCUGGUGGUGAAUUCGGGAAUCGCCAACGCCGGUUUGGGCGAGCAGGGCUAUAUCGACGCAAAGGAAAUGGCCGUCCUGGCCUCCGCAGCCAUGGGGGUCAAGCCGGAGGAGGUGCUGGUGUUCAGCACCGGCAUCAUCGGCGUCGAGUUGCCCAUGACCCUGAUCAAGUCCGGCGUGGAUGAAACCACAUUGUCGGAGACCGGCGGCAACGAGUUGGCCCGCGCCAUGAUGACCACGGACACCCAUCCCAAGGAGGUGGGUGUCACCGUAGAUAUCGGCGGCACCGACGUGCACAUCGGCGGCGUGGCCAAGGGUUCCGGGAUGAUACACCCGAACAUGGCCACCAUGCUGUGCUUCGUGGCCACGGACGCGGCCAUCGACCAGGGCCUGCUCCGCACCAUGCUGCCGGAAGUGGCGGACUACUCGCUGAACAUGCUCACGAUCGACGGCGACAGCAGCACCAAUGAUUCGCUGGUGGUACUUGCCAACGGGGCCGCAGGCAACGCGACCAUCACCGCCGGAACCCCGGAAGCAGAGGCGUUCAAGGCAGGCUUGCUCGAGUGCUGCGUACAGCUGACUCGUAAGCUGGCCCGCGACGGCGAGGGCGCAACCCACCUGCUGGUUGUGGAGGUCACCGGCGCCCGCACCAGCGAGGACGCACGCACCGCCGCACGGACGAUAGCAUCGUCGCUGCUGGUCAAGUCGGCCGUCUACGGCGCCGACCCCAACUGGGGCCGCCUGCUGGCCGCCCUGGGACGCAGCCAGGCCGAGGCCGUCGAGGAGAAAAUUGACCUAUUCAUCAACGGCGUCUGCAUCAUGGAGGCGGGCAAACCGAUUCCCUUCCACCGGGACGCCGUGGUGGCCCUCAUGCGGGGAGACGAGGUCACUUUCCGCAUCGCCCUGAACCUGGGCGACGCCGACGCCACCGCAUGGGGCUGCGACCUGACCGAAGAAUACGUGGUUAUCAACAGCGCCUAUACCACCUAG